AUGGACGGUUUUCUCGACAUUUUUUGGAGCGUUUGUGCCGCGGUUGGGACGUUAUACAUUCUUUGGGUAGCGAUACAGUUGCUCAGUGGGCUGUGGGGCGGGAUCUUCGCCUACAUUCUCGUUCCCCUCGGUUUGGGGGGCGGGUUGGUGGAUCUCCGGGUGUACGGCCCGUGGGCCGCGGUGACGGGGGCCUCGGAGGGAAUAGGGAGAGGGUACGCUCUGGAACUGGCCCGGAGAGGUCUGAACGUUGUUCUAAUGAGUCGCUCGAGGGAAAAGUUGGAGAAGGUUGCGCGUGAGAUCAGGGAGACCCACGGUCGAGAUGCCCUGAUCGUUCCAGUUGACUUCACCCGAGGCCCGGCCGUGUAUGAAACACUCCGGGAGACCCUUCAUCAACUGGACAUAGGGCUAUUAGUGAACAACGUCGGUCUCUCUCACAAGUAUGCCCAGUAUUUCCUCGAGCUUGACAUGCAGAGAGCAAGGGACAUUAUUGAGCUCAACUGUCAAGCGAUGGUUCACAUGACCCACCUCCUGCUGCCACGUAUGGUAGACAGAGGACGUGGUGCUAUCAUCAACAUCUCCUCAUACAGCUCCGCCCACCCUCAACCCCUUCUCGGGCUCUAUUCUUCCACAAAGAAAUUAGUGAACUUUUUCUCUGAGGCUCUGUCUGAGGAGUACUCUCGACGCGGGAUUCUUGUUCAGACCGUGAUACCGCACUUUGUGUCCACGGAGAUGACCAAAAUCAGACGAAAUAUUUUCGUGCCAACAGGUGCGGAUUAUUCCAAAUCUGCUGUCGGUACCAUUGGAAUCCAGGGAACCACUUAUGGCUGUCUACCUCACGCCAUUGUCUGCUCUCUCACCAAUUUGACCCCGAAAUUCAUUAUCACUAGACUGGCCUUUGCUGUCUUGUCCUACGCACGCUCUAGAUACCUUAGACUCGCUUCGAAAAAGUAA